UUCAGGUUUUCCCUCCUGUCAACUUCACCCUUACAGUCCCUGCAUUAGCACAAGUGCUGUUACACUGGCAACCACCCCCUCAGCAAGAACAAAAAAACUACACUGUUAGAUACGAGGUGAAAAUCCUGAGCCCUGUGCCUGAAGAGUAUGACACCAAGAGGACUCAGAGCACCCGAACUGCUGCGCUGCACGACGGCUUCUCAGCGUGCAUUCGGACCUUGCUUCUCCACAGUCACCUCCAGGUGAGCAGUGACUGGGUGAAGCAAGAGCUCCCACCUCUGCCAGGUGCUCCAGAGACGUCUGUCACUAAUCUGUCCUGUGUUACUCGCCUCAGCAUUUCUAGCACUGUUUCUCUCCAUUGCACUUGGCUUCCUGGCCAAAGGGCACCAGAAGACACCAAGUACUUUCUAUUUUACAGGUAUGAGGCGUACACUGAAGAAUGCCAGGAUUAUACCAAAGACAAGUGGAACAGGAACACUGAGUGCAGCUUUCCCAUCACUCACAUUGAUGCAGAAGAGGUUGACAAUGUCAUUGUAAUCCACGUUAAUGGGUCCAGCAAGUAUGCUGCAAUCAAGCCUUUUCAGCAGUUAUUUAACCAAAAUGCCAUUGAGAAAGUGAAUGUUCCCAGAAAUGUCACUGUAUUCUUAGAGCAAAAUGAUCUCCUGGCCACAUGGGAGAAGCCAAUUUCUCCUUUCCCUAAAGAGUGUUUUGAAUAUGAAUUUUACCUCUUCAACAUGAAGUCAGGGAACAAGCAGGUAAUUGCUUCUCUGUUGCCCAAAUAUUACACAACAUUCCUGUCUCUGAGCUGA